CCUGUGCAGCAUAAAACAAAUCAUGGCCGGUAAACAACAGACGGGCGUGUGCUGGGGAGUGGGGAGGUUGUAAAUGUCAUCGUGAACAAACACACCCAACAUACCGAAACAUCAACAAACGCAAACAAGGGCGCCAAAAUGGCCACAGCUACGGAAAAGCAGGAAAUAGACGUCAUCGUCGAGAUGAUGGAGAUCUACAUCAACUCCAUCCUGUACAAGCGCAAACUCUACCCGGAGGCAAUAUUUCGCAUCCGCAAGGCGUAUAACAUCCCGGUGUACAUUUCCAUCUACAGUGCGCUGAACGACUACAUCGCGCAAACGUUAAAAGCUGUCCGGGAAAUGUUACGAAACCGCAAGGUGCGACGGCUGGAAGUGAUCCUCUUCGAGGAGGAAGACAAUCCCCUGGAAAGCUACGUGUUUAACCUAGACUACCAGCGGCUGGCGAGGGAGAACGAUGAACACAUGAGUGCGUUUGAGGAGGAGCUCCGACAGUCGUUGCUGGCGUUGGAUGCUCGUAUGAAGAAUUUAAAGCGCUUGCCGGAGGGUGCGGACGUUAAGUUCAAAAUUUUGCUACACACAACGGAAUCGGCGUACGUUAGGAUCGGUAACGAUCCCCGCCUGCAGAACUUCCCCUUCGUGAAGGAGGUGGCGGUGCAGGAGGCGGAUGAAAAGUCCAGAAUCGAGCUGUUGCCGGUGCUGCAGACGUCCUGCGUCGGGGUAAACGUGUUUGUUGAAGAGUAUGGUGGGAUGUGAUACGUGUGCGUGUUGAACUGAAUUGUAAUUUUAUGGUGUGGUCAAUUGUUGUAAUAAAUCAAGCACUUUUUUUAAAAA